AUGCGUCCCAUUUCUUCAUUUCUGAGUAAUGGGCGGGGUUCAUUAACGGUCAUCAUCCCGAAACCUCUCCCCCCCGCCACUACACGUGUCGAUUCGUUCCUCCCGCAAGCACACACGGAUGAUGACAACCAAAUAUUAUCGCUUCUCUGUUCUUCUCCCACCCUUUCCCUGUGUCUUCUCAUUCUCUCCCUUAUCCCUUCCAAUAUUAUCCAUUAUCUCAUGACACUGCUCUUCCCUCACCCUUUGCCUGUAUCUUCUCAGUCUCUCCCUUAUCCCUUCCAAUACAACUCAGAUGAUCCGUUAUCUCAUGACACUGCUCUUCCCUCACCUUUUGCCUGUAUCUUCUCAUUCUCUCCCUUAUCCCUUCCAAACAACUCAGAUGAUCCGUUAUCUCAUUACACUGCUCUUCCCUCACCCUUUGCCUGUAUCUUCUCAUUCUCUCCCUUAUCCCUUUCCAAUACAACUCAGAUGAUCCGUUAUCGCAUGACACUGCCUUUCCCUCACCAUAAUCCGUUAUCUCAUGACUGCUCUUCCCUCACCGUUUGCUUGUAUCUUCCCAUUCUCUCCCUUAUCCUUUCCAAUACAACUAAGAUGAUCCGAUAUCUCAUGACACUAUUCUUCCCUCACCCUUUGCCUGUAUCUUCUCAUUCUCUCCCUUAUCCCUUCCAAUACAACUCAGAUGAUCCGUUAUCUCAUGACUGCUCUUCUCUCACCCUUUGCCUGUAUCUUCUCAUUCUCUCCCUUAUCCCUUUUAAUACAACAUAA